AUGUCUAUCAUUGGUCUGACCUUUUUGGGUCUUUGUCUGAGCCCUGCUCUGGCUGUACUCACACCUGAGAACCAUUGCGAUAAUCACUUCAGAUACGACACGGAGGAUGAUGGAAGGACCCACAUAGGCAUCUUCACGGCGCCAAAGUUGGACACUUUUAAUUUUAGAUGGAAGGCGACUUUCGAAGUGCAAGGAUCUAGCGCGAUGUUUGUAACCAGAUUGCAAACGUAUCCCACUAAAGAUUUGGCAGUCAUUAAUCUUUUGAAUGGUGAGCCGGCUCAGGCAUUUCUCCGGUUCAUAAAUAUCAACACCGAGCUACCCAAGCUGCGCUCUUUGGUUUUGAACGGCAAUGAGCUGUGCUCUAGUCCUAGAUACCCCUUUCCCAAGACUAGUGUUACUUUGAACUAUCAUAUGUUCGUUAACGUUAAUGAAGGCAGGAAUUUAACUACGGAAACACCCAUCUUUGAAAAUAAUCUAUGA